GAAAUUUUGAGAAGUUGAAAAGGUUUCUUACUUCUGGCAGCUACUGUCGAUACAGGGAAUCUGUACAUAGGUCUAGCCGCAUGGAUCUGAUUAGUCAUAUAACUGCAGUAAAUAUAAUAUAAAAAUGGUGAUGUUAGCUGUGUUUGCUAGUGUCAUUUGGGCACUAGUUCGCUCAACCGUGGCGUCUAGUACUAUUUCUAAAUCCUGUAUGGAAGGAUCCAUAGACGUUUGUAAAAACUUGUUCACACCAACGAUAAUGUACGACAUUACCGAUGUUGCGAAAAUUGGAAAUAAAGUCAACGUCACAUUCAAAUUCGUUCUGCCAACGCCGUUAAAGACAGGAUUAGGGGCUCAAGAAAUGAAAUUGGUGUUGUUGCCACCAAAUGGCCUUGUCUUUAAUAAAAGUAUUAGUAUGCUUUCGAAAGGCAAUACGUUUGACACAAAACAACUGGAAGCACUGACGAAGGAUACGGCGUUGGACUAUUACAGUGAAGUGGAUCAGAGUUUUGAUUCAGGUAAAUGUAAGAAACCACAUUUUGUUGAGAUGUUAACUAAUGUAGACAAAUCAUUUCAGAAAGAUUUAAAUAUAUACUUCGAGGAAAGUAUUACAAAGCAUACAGCUGGUUGUAGUGCUGGUUAUAAGGAUCUUCGUAAAUUUGCUAUACUCGAUUUUCAAAAUGUCACCAAUCUAGAAGCCGGAGAAUACAACUGGACCGGAGAAUUUACAUACGACGAUAAGUAUGCUAAAGCAGGAUGCGAGGAAGAUGGUGUAUAUUGGACUGUAGGUUUCCUUCAGGAUCUUGAAGAAACUACCAUGAAUAUUGAUGUGAAGCCAUUGUGCAUCAAUACCGAUUUCUUAAGUGCUAAAAGAUUCUUCGAAAACGCUAAAUCGAUGAACGCAAAAGUGUUGGCAUGCCAUGGCAAACGUUUGUAUCAUAAAAAUCUCUUUUCAUUUUUAGAUGGCCAAUCUUUAUUGGAUGAUGUGGAAUUUGUUUAUGUUCCUCCUCCAAAAGGUCCAAAGUGGAUUUUAUCGUAUCACUUACCUUGGAGUGUAGAGAAAGAAGAUAAAUUUAAGAAUGGCUACACGUUGGCCAUUUAUCUUAAUGGAAUUAAAAGAGGUGCAAUUGGCCUCUAUAACCAUGAUACAGUGAAAAAUAACGUCAGUGUAGUGCGACCGAAAGAUAUUAGGAAGGAUUUUAGCUAUGAUGGCAAAAAGCACAUCAUAUAUAUUUCGUUCCAAAAAUAUGAUAACAUUUAUACCCAUUAUGAGAUUCAAAUUGAUUUAAAAUAUUUGUUAAGUAGAAUAGAUUUAAUGGGUACAAUAGACGUAUUUUUUCUUAAAAACGCGGAGAAACAAAUCAGCAAGCAUGUGGGAUAUGAUACAAGGGCUUGGAUUGCAUCAAAGAAGCAGUUAUUUCCUAAAAACGUUAAAGAAACCGUCAUAAAUGAAUGCACAACGAUGUUGACUGACAUUUAUAGUAUGUAUAACUAUAAAGAAUUGUAUGGAUAUACACUACCGGUUUUACACUCUAAGACAUUGCAAAUGGGUACAACCACUUCACUAUCGGAAGAUUCUAUAUUAUAUAGAUAUGAAAUAAAUAAAUACUUGUUAAUCAUAGAACUUUUUGACAAGGAUAUUAAGCCUGAAGAAGGAGGGUUUGUAAUUAUUAAAGUUCCUGACAUCGAUUACGUAUUAGAGGAAACCUUUACCAAUAUAUUUUCAUGGAAAAAUGAAACGGUAUAUCUGAACCAGGUAUAUCAAUAUAAUCAGACAGGGGAAAUUAAGGUGGUUUUAAACAGGGUGAACGGUCUCUUUGACGCUGCAGAUUACAAAUAUUAUCAUGUUAUCAUUCCAUUCAAAUCUUCGAAGACACCUCAAGAUAUCAUAUCAAUGGAAGGUUGGGGAAUACAUAUUUUCCAAAAAGAUACAUAUAAGGGGUAUAUUCCUCUGAAAAUAAGGAUAGACGAUAAAGCGAAGUUGGAUACAGAUACAGAUACAGAUAAAGUGAAACGUGCGUUGCAUGGAAAUGUAGGUCAAAUAAGUAUGAUUUCUACUACAAUGGCGACAAAAUUGGUCAUUCCAAUUACAAGCAUUGUAUAUCGCUAUAUGUCUUUUGUGUUUAAAUUUGACGAAAACAUUCCUGAUAUACUAUAUGAUGUCACUGUCAUUUCCAAAGCGUCUUUGAGGGUUAAGCAUGUAUGGGAUUCCAUGAAAAAGCAAUUAACCAUCUAUGUGUACAAUCUGGAAAGUUAUAUUGGCAAACGUGAACAAAUGACGUUCGUCUUAGAUAUUAUGGAUAGCGAAAAAAACGUUAAAAAUUAUGGAAGCCUCAAGAUAAAGGCCAUAGGUAAUGAUGAUGGCCCUAUUUUGAAAUCAUUAGUCGACAUCGUAGCGAAAUUUAGUGACCUAAAGCAUGAUAGUGAUGAGCUUGCCCUAGGAAAUGAAGUAACCUUACGCGGUUUCACAAAAUCUACGGAGAUGGAUAAAAUAUGUUUCUCUAAACAACCAAAAGUAGAAUCUAUUAGUUUCAAAGAUAACACGAAAGGUGUAUAUUUCAUGACCAGGGUCCAUGAUUGCUCAGAACCGUGGUUGCCUCCCAAAAUCUCCAACCUAGAUCAUUUAUCGUUGAAAAUUGCUCAGAGUGGCUUACCGAAGAACACGGGUGUUCACUACACAUACAGAACUGUAUAUCAGCUGAAAUCUUUAGAUGAUGGCCCUAGCCAUGAUGAGUUGGCUGCAAUGCAAUCCAAAAGGUUUAUGCAGCAUACAUUGCAUAUCUUAUUUUCAGAUGCAGCAUGUAAACUGCUAUCUGAAAUAUAUAAAACACAAGGCAAGAGUGGUUUAGAUGGCUUCAAAGCAAUAGAAGAGUUUAUGAAGGAGGUGCCAUCUGAUUGGGUUCCUAAUGUUUUUGGUGACAUAAUAUUUUCAUACCAUGACUCGAAAACUUCAAUUUUACAUAAGAAACGGAAAGUAAUGUAUGUGGAAUCUGGUGAUAUCAAAAACGAUGAAGAAAAAAUUGAAAGGAUAUAUACAUUUAGUUCAGCAUUUGAGAACGUAUUGUCUGAUGGUCUUGGUGGUAUGGAAGCCGAUUCAUUGAACGAAUCUUUUUCUGUUAUAGGGUUCAUGAAUGAUAAAGAUUUACAGCAUUUAUGGAUUUCUUACAAACCUUACGAGGAAAAACAACAAUUUCCACUGAGUGCAACCUAUAAACAACCCAUCAUGGUUAAGGGAUAUGUGUUCAAUGACAAACCAUUAAUGGAUAAAAGCUGGGAAUGUUUAAUACAUCCUUUUGCUUAUCCUUUACAGCCCAGUAAACAGAGGUUAGGUACAAACUAUGUUUCCUGGGUUCUUUUCCACGAGAUGGUCAACAACACCUCACCGAAAGAUAGUGCUGUAAAUAUUUUAAAUUACGUCAUAAAUGCUACAAAGGUGGUUAAAGACAAAAAGGUAUCUUCCACUAUGAAUGCAGAGAUUAUUAAGAAGAAACGUGUUGAAAAGAGUGAUGCCGUUGACAUAUUCAUCCAAUUUUACAAACAAACAGCGCCUCAUUGCACAACCAAAGGCAACAUCUUCCAACUUCUCGUUCACCAAUUUAUGCUUGACAUAUAUGAAACGAUUGCAAGACAGCCAAUAAUUGUAGCUGCCUGUAUGUCAUUUGAUGAUGGGGAUGAGCAUAAAGCUUCAGGGAAAACAUAUGGACUUUCGUAUAAAGGAAAGGAAGUACUAGAAGGCGAAGAUAAAACGGCAAUGCCCGGUUCAAUUGGGCCCUCGGUACACGAAACGUGCAAUUUUGCUUCGUUGCAAAAAUACCUGCCAAAAACUCUCUAUCAUGACAAGAGCAUUGAUUACAAAGAUUAUAUUUUCCAAACGGAUCAAACCGAAGUCAAAUCACUCAGUGAUGCAAAGAAAAUGUUAGUAUCUGAUGUGAAAUCUGUCCCAGCCAAAACAGCACCAUCAGUAUCUUCAGGCUAUGGUCAACUAGGACUGGAGGAGAUGUUCGGCAAAUAAGGUACAGGGAUCAAUGAAUACAUUUUGAAUGUAUCCAAAAUAAAUUAUGAUGGCGCAAUUUAACUUAAAUGUGCAAUACUGUGAUUUGCAAUAUAAAACCCCAAA